GGCAACAAUACCUAUGCAAUUAUGCGUGACUUCUCCUUCGUUCUUGCGUCAACAACACAUACUCACCAUGUGGAGCGGUAGCAUACUGCUGACUUGCCUGUUGGCGUUCGUCGGAAAUGCUCAGGCAGCAAGAUCAUGGCAGCAACGGCGGGCGGAGGCGAACCCUUAUAUCAUACUGCCACCUGGAAUAGGACAGGAUGUUGGAAAUGGGAAGGCUCCAGUAGGCUUCGGGGAGAAGGAGUUUACUCUCCGCCAUAUCUACCACCACGGCUCCCACGAGUACCCCGAACUACAUCGAUAUAUCGACGUCCCCAAAGAUGCGAAACUUCAGAUCUCGACGGACUACGGAGCGACCUUCGAAGCGGCACCGCAGAAAUUGGAGGCGAGUGCGGCAUCACUGCAGAUUGAGCGGCUAAGGAAGAGGAAGCAGUCGGAUAUUGACAACCUGCUUGAGCAUGCAUAUAUACACGGCGUACCAGCCGAUGUUCCUUCAUCAGCAUGGACAACGGAUCACGUCGCGGGACCAAACAUUACGGACAAGAAAACGAUCAUUACCUUUGCGAAGAUGGCUUUAAACGCCUACUACACAAGUCCUGAGGAUUCCGAGUGGCGAGAUGUCAAGGGUGGCUUCAACUACACGGAGGAUUUUGGCUGGCAGCAGGAUGGUCUUCGUGGACAUAUCUUUGCGGAUGAGAAGAACGCUACGGUUGUGAUAGGAUUGAAGGGAACAUCGCCAGCAAUCUUUGAUGGCGCUGACACGACUGGUAAUGACAAGCUGAACGACAACCUUUUCGGAUCCUGCUGUUGCGGACAAGGCGGCCAGAUACUCUGGAAGCAGGUCUGCGACUGUAUGACUGGGACAUAUUCAUGCAACAACACCUGCCUGGUCAAGUCGCUACGGCAGAAGAGUCACUACUACUGGGCGGUACGAGACCUCUACCAUAAUGUGACGGAGAGGUAUCCCAACUCGGAUGUAUGGUUGUCGGGUCAUUCACUUGGAGGGGUGGUCAGCUCUCUGCUUGGACUGACAUAUGGUCUGCCGACGCUGACUUUUGAGGCCUUCCCGGAUGCGUUGGCGGCUUCACGACUUGGUCUUCCCGCUCCACCUGGCUACAAGAUCGGGGCUCAUCAGUCGAGGUCCAGCUUGGGUAUUUACCACUUUGGCCACACCGCCGAUCCGAUCUACAUGGGGACUUGCAAUGCGGCGUCAUCGUUCUGUACGAUUGCAGGCUAUGCUUUUCAAGGAGUUUGUCAUACGGGCCAGACUUGUAUAUACGAUACAGUCGGUGACCUGGGAUGGCGAGUGGGUAUUGGCACGCACAAGAUCAACAAUGUCAUCAGGGAUGUGCUGGAGAAAGCAGUACUGCGACGUCGAGGACGAGAACGGAGACGUCUCUACAUCUUCGACGUCGACGUCGACCUUACCUGCAAACAUCCUGGGUUCUUUGGCUGUAACGACCGCAAUUACGACCCGACGCCCACCACCUCGUCGGUUCCCAAGUCGACACACACUGCUACCGCAACGGAUGAGUGCACUUCGAGAGAAUUCUUCGGUCUGAUUUGUGUCGACCCUUCCCCGACUACGAGUUCCGGAGCAGAACCGAGCGCGACUAAGCGUCCGAGCCAAUGCCUGUCCGUGCCGGAUCAGUUCAAAUGGACUGACAAGCAACCACCAUGUGAGCAGGACUGA